UGACAGCUGAACAUCGAUCUAUCCCCCAUAGUUAACUACAAUGUUAACUCUGUAAGUCCAGCUGCUCGGCCGUUGACUGUGUGUUUCCCCUGUCAUUCUUAUAGGAAAGAAUUAAGUAGGCUACCGUAUUUCUCUGCGAUGAUGAAGACGGAAGGUAUCACGGGCAUCGAGCAGUUCGCCAGCCCGGGUAAAGGCAGAGGUCUGCGGGUGAGCAAGGCGUUUGGAGUCGGUGAACUGCUUUUCUCAUGUCCCGCUUAUUCAUACGUGUUGUGCGUCAGUGAAAGAGGAUACAUUUGCGAACACUGCUUCACAAGGAAAAAGGGUCUUGCAAAAUGUGGAAAGUGUAAGAAAGCGUUCUACUGCAAUGUGAACUGUCAGAAAAAUAACUGGCCCAUGCACAAGUUGGAGUGUCAUGCAAUGUGUGUGUUUGGGAAGAACUGGUGUCCAUCGGAGACAGUGCGACUGGUGGCCAGAAUCCUUGCCAGACAGAGAGACCAGCGAGAGAGAGGCCCAUCUGAAAAUCUGCUCUUACUGCGGGAUAUGGAAGCCCAUAUGGAGGAGUUGGAUAAUGAGAAAAGAGAAAUGAUUGAAGCAAAUAUAGCAGGACUCUAUCACUUCUACUCCAAACAUCUGGACUUCCCUGAUCAUCAGGCCCUGCUCACACUCUUCUCACAGGUUCACUGUAAUGGCUUUACUCUUGAGGAUGAAGAACUCUCUCACUUGGGAUUAGCAGUUUUUCCAGACAUUGCACUGAUGAAUCACAGCUGCUGUCCAAAUGUCAUUGUCACAUUCAGAGGUAUUAAUGCAGAAGUGCGUGCUGUGCAGGACAUCAGUCCAGGUCAAGAGAUAUACACCAGUUAUAUAGACCUGCUGUACCCCACAGAAGACAGGAUUGAGAGACUGCGCAAUGUCUACUACUUCAACUGUAACUGCAAAGAAUGCACAACCAAAUCCAUGGAUCUCAUUAAGAUGAAGGUGAGGAAGCUGACAGAUGACAUCACUGAAAAGGAGAUUAAGGAUAUGAUGCGUUAUGCUCGGAACACCAUUGAAAACUUCCGCAGGGCCAAACAUGACAAAAGUCCUGCGGAGUUGUUGGAGAUGUGUGAGCUAAGCAUUGAUAAGAUGAGUGCUGUGUUUGAAGAAUCCAAUGUUUACAUGCUGCAUAUGAUGUAUCAGGCAAUGGGCAUCUGCCUCUUCAUGGACAACUAUCAUGCAGCAGUUCGAUAUGGGGAGAAAGUAAUUGAGCCAUACAGUGUGCUUUACCCAGCAUUCUCUCUGAAUAUAGCAUCGAUGUAUCUUAAAAUGGGCAGACUGUACAUCGCUCUCAACAGAAAGUCCACUGGCAUCAACACCCUUCAAAAGGCGUUGGCCAUCAUGGAGGUGGUUCAUGGCAAAGAUCACGCAUAUGUGUUGGAGCUCAAACAGGAAAUAAGAAGUGACCCUUGCAAAUAAUGAAAACUCUAACACACAUGAAUAUCACUCUAUAACAAUAAAUGAAUGGCGAGUUUUCAUGAAUGUAUGUUAUGACACUUUAGCUAUUCAAAGGAUAGUCACAACAUAGAGAAAACCAUGUUUUAAUGCUUAAGCAUUCAUGGCAAUGUCAAAAAUGUGAAUUAUUUGCACAUAUAUAAAAC